UCUCGCAUUUUUCUUCUCUCUUUCUGCCAGACAAACCAGACAGAGGAACAACAUGGAUCCAAACACGACGAUUUUGCGAGUCAAGAGAAAAAGGGGGACCGACCCCGCAGAUGCUCUGUUGCUGGCGUGCAAACGUAUCCGUCCGGAGACGUCCCAGAACUCAGGCGAGACGGUACCAGAACCCAAUGAAGCCGAGGUGGAAAACUCUGUCUUCAAACUCGUGGCGACUGUAGCGACACAGGAUGCUCCUGUUCAGACGCAGGUCCGACAGGCUUUGGCUCGGCCUCGCAUGGCCCACGCACUGCGCCCCUCUGCCGCCAGCUCUCAACGGAUACUUGGGGAUCUAAGGAGCACAAAGUGGAGCACCCGCAGGGAGGAACGCUACAGAUUACUGUCCAGCCACCGUACAGGGCUGUCAAGCCCAGCUGAGCAGCAAAGCCCCCAGACAGAUGUUUCUGAGAGUGCAGGGGAAGCUGGGAAAGAGCAGGACAAGUGUUGGGGUCUUGGUGAAAUCCAGGUGGUUGAUCUCAUACAUGAGGAUGUAGAGGACCAGGGCAAGUCUUCUGGCAAGACGUUGUCCUCAGAGCCAGAGGUGAUCCUGUGUAACAACACAAAGAUGCUGCGGGAGUGCCUGAGCAUAUCUGGAGAGAGACUGGGGGAAGAGCACCGGGAGCAGGACGACGACUACGUCUACGAUCUUUACUACCAGGAAACGAUCACACCAGGGUGGAUCCAGGACAUCCUGUCUGUUAGGGCCUACGCCGAUGAGGGAGAACUGGUGCCUGACCUUGUGGUUCAUGAAGAGGAGGUGUAUGAAGAUGAGGAUGACGAGAAUGAGGAAGGCAACUGGAGGAAUGACUACCCUGAUGAGGAGAGUGAUGCAGACAGUGACAGAGAGGAGCGCUAUGGUGGUUACUGGGAGGAGGAGCACUCGUACAGCCGGAGGAGCUGGGAACGUUACCAGAGGGAAGUGCUGCAUGAGCUGGGCUGCCGUGGUGAAGAUGACGACGAGGAGGAUGAUGAUGGAGACAAAUAUAAUUCCGAUUGAUCCAUCCCACAACACAUCCCCACCUGUCAGUGGAUCUUCCCAAUACCCUCUCCACAGAUGACAUCAUACUCCAUAGACCUCUGUGUAGGUGAGAGUGGGCAAAAACAACUUCUAGAAUGGCACAUAUUAUGUAAACAUGCCUGGGGAAAAAAAUGUCCCUCAAGAAAUGCCAUCUUAAAGUGUAGCAACUUAUGUGUAGCACCCAUCAGAUUUUAUUAUUAAGUUCCUAAUUUCAAAAUUGACCGACAAACUGGCUGAUGUGGCUAAAAAAUUAUGGUUAGAACAUGACAAACUUUUACCAGUGAAACACUUCACAAACCUGAAGUAGAGGAACCAUUAUAAUGAUAAACUCUAACCUUACUAAUCUAAAACCUGUCAUGCAUACCUCUAUUCCUGCCGAUGUGAUUGGCAGUUCAGGAUUCACUUCUGUGCAUGCUAUCUAAACAUGGAAACUGAUUAUAUUGAACAUUUACUGAGCAUUUGUUCCAUUCUUGUUGAGGAAAAUUAUUAUCAUUGUCAUUUCAUGUAAACAGUAAUGAUAAUUAUGCACAAUAUAAAUUAUAUUGAGAAUUAUCCUUUUAUUUCCCAGCCCUAAAACGAUACCCUAUAUUUUCAAAAUGGUUCAUGUGCCAAAGUAUUACAAUGUCACUGUCACAAAGCUUGUAGACAAGUAAAUUGCACACACAUCAUAUUAGUAGACACCUUUUCAGUGUGAAAUCAUCCCUCUCUUCACUACACAGAUUUUUAAGGGGUAGAUGUUAUUUUUAGAAGGAUCCAGUGUCUUUUUUUUUUUUUAAUUGUGGUGGAGUGAAUUUGUGUGUGGGUGUUUGUUCAAAGUGGAUGUGUGUUAGAAAUAUUGCACAUUAGUGUGAUAUGCCUCGUAUGCUUUGUGCUGUUAACAGUUUUGUCAGUGAGACGUCUCGGGCCGCGUGCGGUUGCAAUUUAGGGUGUUUGCAUUUUGUGCAUGGUAGUGUGUGUACGUACAAUUGUGUGUGUUAGAUUUCUGCAUUAUGUGAAAGCGUGGUGCAUCAUUUUUGUUGUGGGUGUGUGAGUUUGGUUCAGAAAUUGCCCUCGAAGUUCAGAUUGUUUCUCUUGGAUGCUUGUUGAAUGAAAAUUUUUUUGUAAAUAUGUAGAUGUGUAUAAAAAGAAGGCUUUCAAAAUAAACCGAAAAUAUUCUGUCA